AUGCGACUGGGGCCUGCGUCGCCCUCGUCGCAUCCCGUCGCAGCGUGCGUCGCCUCGCAUGGUGACACGUGCGACUGGGCGACCCGCGCGACCCAUCAGCUGCUGCACCGCCCGUGGAGCCCUCCCGUAGCGGCGCUGGCCGUGCUGGGGUUCGCGCUGCUGUUGCUCCGCGCACUUUCUGGGCAGGCGGCGCGAGUGCGCGAUCUGGAGAUGCGAUUACUAGGGGCGGCGGGGGAACAGGCGGUUGAACAGGAGCGGGUGAGCAAGGGGGAAGAGGAGGAGAACAUGGUGGGGAAGAAAGGGAGGAUAGGGAAAGAGAUUGACGGGGUGAAGGAGGAGUGCGCGAGAGCGAGGGGUGCGGAUGCAGGCACGGUGGUUGGCGCAUUGGUCUCACGGGAUGGGGACGUGGCUGCGCGCGCAGCUGUCGACCUGCUGGUUCACGGAAUAGCGGCGCCCAUGAGAGGCGCGCUGGGCAUGCUGCGCCUGCUGGCGGCGACCGUGCGCGACCCCAUGCACCUCGACCUCAUCCACUCGCUCCACGCCUUCGCCGCACAUCUCACCCGCCUUGCCGCCGCCGCCAGCGCCACGUGGCGCGCGCAGGCCGGCCCGCUGCCCGUGGUGACGUCAGCGGUGGACGUGCGGGGGGUGGCGGACGAGGUGGUGGGUUUGGUGGGCGGGGAGGCGCGCGAGAAGGGGUUGGAGCUGGCGUGCCUCGUCAUGGACGACGUGCCUCCGCUGCUGCUCUCCGACGCCCUCCUUCUCAAACAGGUGUGGGUGGAGGUGGUGGUGGAGGACACGGGUGUGGCCGUGCCUCAACCCGUGGUGGACGCACUCAACGCCCUGGACCGCGCUAACGCUGCUGCCCGCGCGUGUGCUGCUGUACCAGAGUCGUUCCUGCCUCUCCAUGCCACCACGCCCCUGCUGCUCGCCCAUGCACACCUCCUGGCGACAUCUCUGGGCGGAUCUCUCUCGCUCGCCACAGCACCCACCAUCGGCACCACCAUCGCUCUCUCCAUCCCCAUGGCCCUCCCCCCUCUCGCCCCCACGCCCUCCUCCUCCCCCGCCCUCCUCCCCUCCGCCCCAUCACCUCCCCCGCCCCAUGCGCCUCUCCCCCUGCCUUCCGCCCCGCCUCUGCGCCCUCCUUCCCCCGUGCGGGGGGAAGCAGCGGCAGGCGGAGGGGGAAGGGAUCCCGGUGCUGCUGCAGCAGGGGGAGGCGCAGGGGAGGGGGGCGCAAUGGGGGGCGCAUAUGAGGGGAACGGGGAUGGAGUUGCCAGUGAGGGGGGGAGAAUGGGCGGGUGGAUGGGGGAGGUGGGGGUGAGGGAGGUGGGGGCGGCGGAGAGGAGGGCAGUGAGGGAGAUGGGGGCGGUGGGGGGUGUGGCGGGCGAGCAGUGGGAGGCAGUGGCGCCGCUGGUGGAGCAGGUGCAGGGCGUGGCAGCAUCACUGCUGUCGCGCCUGGGCAUGGACGUGGAUCUCUCAGACAGUGUGGCUGACGCCGUUACUGCCCUCCAGUGCGCCCCUCCCGCCCUGCACCCCGCUUCACUCCUCUCUCUUCCCUCACUUGCAACCAUCUGCCCCACACACUCUCAUCAUGCUGUGUCGUUUGCCACUCCUGCCCUCGUGAUUCCCAUGUUAUUCCAUACUCUCCCUUUCCGCAUUGUGCCCCUCUUUCUCCUUUCUUCUGUGCAUGCAGCAGCAGCAGCAUGGCAGGGAGGGGUGGGGAGCAGUGGGAGCCGGUGGGACGUGGUGCUGGUGGAUGCAGACUGCGAUGGCACCCCGGGCUCCGGCCUCCUCCUUGGCUCCCAUGUGGCCCGAAUCAACGCCGCCCACGCCGCCGCCCAUGUCGCCGCCCAUAAUGCCUACUCUCACACUGCCGAGCACACUGUCGCACAUGCUCCCGGCAGCGACUCUGCUGUUGCCCCCGCUGCUCCUGCUAUGGCCGUUUCUGCAGGGGACAUGGACCAUGCGAAUGCAGCAGGGGCAGCAUCAGCGGCAGGGGCAGAGGCAGGGACGGGGGGCAGAGGAGGGUUCACGCCAUUGGUAGAUGAUGGCGUGGGUGGGGAGGAUAAGGGGGAUAGUGGGGCGAGAGAGGGGUGUGGUGGGGGGGCGGACAUGGGGGCAGGACAGGCAGAGCAGAGGGUAUGGGGUGAGUGCAGAGAGGGCGAGCGUGGGGAGGGGGUGGUGGAAGGGCGUGUGGGGAGGGAGGAGCGGGGUGAGGGGGAGCAGUCACAGGUGCAAGCACAGGCACAACAACAACAGCAGCAGCGGGCAGAGGCAAAGGCAGAGGCAGAGGCAGAGGCAGAGGCAGAGGGAGAGCAGCAGCGGUGGGCGGAGAGUGCAGAGUCGCUUGUGUUGCCUGCCAUCUCAUCCAAGCUCGUGCUGGUGGCUCAGGCAACGAGUGAGGACAUGGCAUUGGAAGCAGCGGCACACGGCUUCUCCUGCAUCGCCCUCAAGCCCCUCCGCACGCCAGUGCUCGCUACAGCCAUGCUGCAGGCCCUGGGCGUGAGUGCGAGGGAGGUGCAGCAGGCAGCAGCACAGCAACAGCAGCUGCACCUUAGACGACUGCUGCGAGGCAAAGUGGUGCUGGUGGUGGACCCGCGCUUCACCACGCGCAAGGCAGCAGCUGUGGCCAUCUCCCAGUUCUCUGAUGCAGCCUGUGCCGUCGCCUCACCUGCAGAGGCCCUCGCACGCCUCUCCCCGCCCCACCACUUCCACCUCGUGCUGCUCUCCCUCUCCCUCCCCGACCUCCCCCCAUCGCUCUUUGUGCAACGGUUGCGAGAGAUGGAGGCUGCAGCACCUGGGGGUGUAGCGGGGGGGAGCGGGGAAGGUGGGGGAGGUCCAAGAGUGGGCGCUGAGAUGCCUAGGAGUGGCAGUGGCAGCAGCGCUGCAGCGGGUGGUGCUGCAGAGGGGGCAUGUCAAACUCAAGUGCCUGUUUUGGGGAUGGUUACUGAUUUCCUCACCAACGACCUGCCACCACGGUUGAGCGACUGCCGUGUAGACGGUCUCCUGGCGACACCCAUUUGUGAAUCGCAGAAGCUCAUCGCGCCAUGCAUACCACGGCCGGCGGUAGGCCGCGAUCGGCGGCGGGUGGCAGUGGUGUCGGCGGUGGGGAGCGCGGAGAGCGGAGGCGCGGAUGCGUUGGGGAUGGCGGGAGAGGCUUACGGGCAGAUGGCCGAGGCGCUGCUUAACGGGCUGCCGCCCGAGGUGGAGCAGGCGGUGGUGGCGGUGCAUCGCGAGAUCGCGCAACUCGCGGCGGACGCGGGCCUCUCCAUUCCGCUCGACGACCCGGCGUCGUUGCGCCAGUGGACGGUGGCGCUUGUGCUGCUCGUGCUGUACGCCGCCGCGCCCCCCGCGCCGCUCAUGGGGCUGCUCGACUUCCUCGUCGCGCCCCUGCACGCGCGCACCGACAAGGAGCUGGACCCGGCGCGGGUGAAGGUGGGGCGGCAGAUAGGCGAGGGCAGUUUCGGCGUGGUGUUCGAGGGUUUCAUCUCCAACGGCAAGGCGGGCAAGGAGGGACGGUGGGAGCGGCGGGUGGUGUUGAAGCGAGUCAAGACGCGCGUGAAGCACUCCGACGAGAUGAGGGACGUCGAACUCUACAUGAACCAUCGCCUGCAGCGCACGGCGCCGGGCGUGUGUGCGCGGUUCAUAGGCACCAUGCAGGUGGCGCCGGAGCAGGCCAGCGGCAAGCUCGAGGAGGGCGUGUGGCUGGUGUGGGAGUACCAGGGCGAUCGCACGUUGGACCAGUUCCUGCGCCACCGCUCCUACCCGCUCAACCUCGCCAAACACGUGCUGGGCGUGGACGACGCUUUGUUGCGGGGCAGCAAGGGCAGCAGCGAGGAGGAGAGGGAGCAGCAGGUGUGGAUGGAGUGGGAGGUGGCGCAGGAGGUGACGAGGCAGAUCCUCUCCGACCUCAAGCACCUGCACUCCUGCGGAGUGGUGCACAGGGACGUGAAGCCAUCGAACCUGAUACUGGACGAGCUGGCGGGCAGUCUGUGUCUCAUCGACCUGGGCGCCUGUGUCGACCUGCGCUCCGGCCACAACUACGUGCCCAACGAGACGGUGAUGGAUCCCAAGUACUGUGCACCGGAGCGCUUCGUCAUGCCGCCCAGCUCCACGCCGCCGCUGCCGCCCGACCCGCUGGCGUCGCUGCUGUCGCCCUUCCUGUGGGCGCUCAACACCCCUGACCGCUUUGACGUCUACUCCGCUGGCAUAGUGCUGAUGCAGCUGUGCAUGAAGCGACUGCGCAAUGCGUCUGCUCUGAAGGAUUUCAACGAGGAGUUGAGGAGGUGCGACCACGACUUGGCCAAGUGGAGGGCCACGUUCAACCCCAGCGAUGACGACAUGGCCGUGCUCGAUGCCAAUGGGGGAGCGGCAUGGCAGUUAGCGCAGCAGCUGCUGAGGAAGCGACCCAACCAUGAGGAGGCCGUGUGGCCCAGCGCCAUGGGCGGGCGGCCAUCCGCAGCCCAGGCGCUGCGCCACGCGUUCUUCUCCCUGCGCGCGCCAGAGCCCUACCGCGCGUCACGCCUGGCAGCGGCCACGCAGGCAGCGCUCUCAGGCACGGCGUACGCCACGCUGGGGCGCGGAGGGGGCGCCAUGGCGCAGGCCAAGGCGCGCGCUGCCCAGGAGAAGGCCCGGGUGGCGGGGCGGGUGGAGGGGCGGAAGGGCAGGGCGGGGGAGGAGAAGGGGGAGAAGGGCAAGGCGCGGAAGGAGGCUGGGGAGAAGGGGGGGAGUGCUGGGGGAAGAGGAGGGGAAGGGAUGGGCGUGGAAGGGCUGGUGAUGGCGUGGGGGGGAAGGGGGAAGGGGGAGAGAGAGGAGUCAGGGAGUGAGGGGAAGAGCGCCGGUGGGAAGAAGCAAGGGGGGAAGGGCGCAGAGGGGUCAGGGGAGGGGAGGGUGGAGGAGGGGGUGGUGUUUGCGCUGCAGCAGAUGUGGGCUGCUAGCAAUGGCGGAGGGGGGAGUGGCAGUGAGAGCAGGGGGAAGGGGCGCGAGGAGGGUGUGGGGUCGGAUGGCAGUGGGAAGGGGGAGAGGCGGGUGAGGAAGGCAGGCAAGGGGGAAGAGGGGGCGAAGGGGGCAAGGCAAGGGGCGGUAGCAGGCAAGGGGGAGGCGCAGGGGCAGGUGGGCGCACUGGGGGCAUUGGGCGCGCUGGGCGCAGGGGGGGGAGGGCAGGGGGCGGAGGUGGUGCUGGAGGCGCUGAGGCGGGUGCUGGGGGAGGGGGUGGGGGCGGAGGGGGGGAAGGGGGAGCAGGGCGCAGUGGAGGGGCCAGCAGUGCGGUGGGGGGAGGGGGGCGUGCAGGGCAUGGUGAGCGAGGGACGGCGGGUAGUGAGGGAGGCGUUUACUGGCGCUGUGGUGGCGCAUGCGGAGGCGUACAGUGGGGGGUCGGAGGGCAGGGCGGGGGGCAAAGGCUCUGGGUCGGGCACGGACAAGGGGUCUGGCAAAGAGGAGGGUUCGGGCAGGGAGAAAGGGUCGGGCAGGGAUGGCAGUGCGGGGAGCAGGGAGAAGGUGGCUUCGGGUAAGAGCAAAGGGGGGUCAGGGAAGGGGGAUGGAGGCGAGGGGGGUGGGAGCAAGGGCAGUGGCAGGGGGGAGGCGAAGGAGGCAGGUGGGAAGGCGAGGAGGAAGGAGGAGGGCAAGGGGGCGCGCAAGAGAGAGCUGGUCGCCGCAGCCAUGGCCAGCAGUGGCAGUGGCAGUGGCAGUGGCGGUGGUGGCAGCACGGUGGAGUUACCAUUCGACCUGCAGCGCUCCAAGGCCAUUGCUGAUGUCAGCCUGCUCCUGGCGUUGUGCAGUCAGGGUGACGAGGAGGAGAGGGAGAGUGGUGGGGAGAGUGGAAGCGAGGAGGGGAGUGAGAGGAGCUCUGUAGGAGCAGGGAAGCAGAAGCUUCACAACAGCAGCAGCAGCAGCAGGAGCAGCAGUGAGGUUGAAGCAGAGCAAACGUGUGCCACAUCAGGCGCCUCUUCAGCACGAGCAGACCCCACUGCCCCUGCAGUCUUGGACGUAUCUGUGCCCUCACGCGCCCUGUCCCCUGCCUCGUCCCCUCUGGACCCCGAGGCACACCCACUGGCGGCAGCGCUGCUGGCAGAGGGCGGUGCAGGCGGUGGCGAGGGUGUGGUGGGUGUGCAGCAGGCGGAGGUGCGGGUGGGGGGCGAUGGGAGUGUGCAAGUGAGUGCGAGUGUGGGGGGUGUAGAAAGCACGGUGCUGCUGCGAGCGGACAGCACUGGGACGCUCGUCAUGGCCGUGGGGGGUGCCACUGCGGGCCAGGCACCAGCAGCAGUGGCAGCAGCAGAGGGCGCAGAGGCGAGUGCAGUGGCAGCAGGUGGCGUGGAAGGAUCCUCUCUGCCUGCUGCCUCGCCACAGCCCCUUGCCACUCCAGCCUCCACUGAGACUGCCCUUGGACAGUCGGUGCUGCCACUGUGGGGGUGGCUGGGAGGGCGAGAGCCAGCCAGAGAGGCGCUGGCAGAGGCAGCGGCUCAGCUCGCUGCAAUCAGAAGCAAGCUGCCCUCCGCCUCCCCCCCUGCAUCCCCCACCUCUCCUCCAGAACUCUCUCCCUCCACCUCUCUGGCCCCUGCUUCCCCGCCUGCACCACCCGCUUCGGCACCUACACUGGCGCCCACAGAGAAUGCAGCAUUUGUUGCUGGUGGUAGGGCGGAGGAGGAGGCGAGUGGGGAGGAAGAGAAGCAGAAGCAACUGUUAUCUGCUGUUGAUGUGCCGGCUGUGCCUGCUGUGGCUGAGCCAUCUGUCACGGAAGAAAAACGGGAGGAUUCAAGUCAAGGGAUGGGAAUGGAAGGGGCGCAGCGAGAAACAGCAGAGGGAACGCUGGUGGUGAGACCGGGUGCAGGAGAGAGAGCUGGGUUUGAGAGCACGGCUUUUUUCAGUGUGGAUGCCAGAGUGGGGGAGAAGCUGGCGCAACAAGGGAGCAGCAAUAAUAACAGCAACAGCAGCAGCGGUGGUGUGCUGCAUGGGCUGCAGGAGCAGCUAUCGGGCCUGUCUCCCUUCGCCAGUGCCAUUCGGGCCCUCACAGGCGUGUCACUGUGGGGCGGCGGGCAGAGGGUGGCGGGCGGCAUGACAGAGGCGCAGGUGAGGGAGCAGCUGGAGGAGCUGCGGCGGAAGAGAGAGGCGCGCAGAGCGGGGGCUGAGGGGCUCAACGCUGCUCUGGCGGGGCUCAACAGCCAGAUGGUGGACCUGCAGACCACACUGCAGGAGAACAAGCAAGCCGUCACAGAGCAGAAGAAGAUUCUCACUCGGGGCAUCGCGCUUCGCCCGAAAGUUGAAACGGCAGGCCCUCCAUCCGCCGUUGAGGGGGACAAGUCGAAGUUGACGGCCAGCGGUGCUGAGAUGUCGGCCCGCCAUCACCUCGCCGCCGAUUGCUCGCUGCUCUAUGCUCGACCAACACCAUCCACGCCAAACAUAACUGCCUCCACAGCAGGCCGUCAAUCCCCAUCCGUCAUUACACCUGUUCCCCCUGUGAUUGAGUUCCUUGAGAUUUCCUCGCCUUUUCUCUCGCAGCAGAUAUAUUUCUUGCUUUCUCCUGUUAGCUCUUGCUCAACGCUAGCAAUUCGUGCCUUCGGGACUGACAUCGACAAUAUGGCUAUCUUGGCAGUUCAACCGUCUACUCCGCACUGUCUUGUUGACAAAAAAAGCUCCUACGUAGUUUCGCAUGCUAUCAGUCCCGUCGAGGAUUGCGAUAUUCUCUCGCCCAUAAUUGACAGUAUAUCUUGCAUCCACGAGAACAAGGAGAAUUUGGAGCUCGGCAGUUUCGAGGAGCGGCUGGUGGACGCCUUUUGCCGCGGAACCCUCGACGCCGAGGUGCCGCAAGCCAUCGACGACAUCAUCGCCCUCGCACAGCGCCUCAGCCUCUCGCACGGCGACACUCACGCUCGCGAUACGAGCGUUGCGAGCGACGCUGACUCGCCAGUCUCUGUCGUUCGACGAUCGCCCCUGAACGACAUCUCGUCGAUCCACAGUGACGACGACGACCAGGUAAGCCUCGGAAGCCGCUCGUUGCGAGGGAAAGACGCCGUAUUGACACGUGAAUAA